AUUAUAAAAUACCUUUGUCUCUAGAUAGAAAACUUCGAAGUUUUUCCCAGGAGUAGGGGAGGAAAAAAAAUAAUAAUAAAUUCCCCAGACACUGUAGGAGCAUAAAUCUGUGCUGGAAAGCUUGGAGCAAGACUCCUCAACCACUGUGUAUAGAUUUGCAAUCUCCAGCUCUUUCUUCAGAAAUGAAAAAAAUUCUUUGUAUGUGUGAUUCAACCCAGUAACAUGACAAACAUUGGCCUAAGCUGUGCCUUCAUCAGUGCAGUAACAAUGUUGUAUAUGAAAAUACGAUCUUAGAUUUAACUUAUUUUUGUCCUGAGCUUGCUUCUCUGUGGCUGUUCAUCGCUAACUGAUAAAACUGCAUCUUCCUGCAUUUGUAAAUCAAAUUUACUUUGUUACUAGGUUGAAAAUUUGUGUUUUGUUUGCCCCUCAAGCUCUGCUACUUAACUCCUCCAGCAUUAAUUUGUUACACUAGCCACAGGGUCUAACUGGAUAAAAAUCCACAGCACGAAGCUUGUCUGGGGACUUUUUUUCCUCCCUUUAAGUAGUAUUAUAUAUUCUUAUAACUUUCCAAGUGAAAAUUGGUUUCCUGAUAGUGGCUGAGCUGUAUGUAUUGUGCAUACUGAGGGUAGUAAAGCUUGUUCAGAUAAAAUCUGAAAUCGGGAGGGCCUUCAGCCAGGACUCCCAGGGGUCCAUGCCCGUGUUUCAGAAUGUGAUGAUCGACUUAAGUCGCUUUUUGGCAGCCUUAUCCAAAGCCCCACGCUGGAAGAAUAGGAGAGGGGGAUGCCAGUAUAUUCCCAGCUAAACUAACACAGCAGAUCAGUUGACUGCAGCAGACAGCAUGCCACCCGCUGGAGCUAUAUUUGGAAUACCUCCACCUCGCUGAAUUUAGAUAUGCAAAGGGCUGAUAGUGUUACCGAGGUCAUCACCAUAUUCUGUAUUCCAGCACGUGGUUAAUUCAAUACAGAUUUUUCCCAGCUAGUGGAUAUUAAUCCUUGCCAGUCAAGUGCAAGCUGCUCAAACAGUAAAAACUGAAUGUAAUGUUUCUCAGAUUAUGGUAAAUUUGCCUGUUAAGUAAUUGAGUUGAAUUCUAGUCUAUAUUUUCGGGAAUAGUAUUAUCCAGACUUGCACAUUUUUUUAUAGUAGUGAUGGGCCAGCUGUCUCUUUCUCUCACCCCCAUCCUGCCAAGUUUUACAUGCUUAACUUAAGGUGAUGGGUCAUUUCACUGAAGCCAGUAAAACUGUUAAUAUUCUACGCUCAGACUAAAGUUAAUUAUGUGUGGGGUGUUUUUGGUUUUCAAGUGGAACAGCUUUUAGUGCAUGAAACUAAAUAUUUAAGUGUCUGCAAAACUGGGGCUCCUGUGCUAGUUCUAGUUGAUGUAUUAAUGCGAAAUAGACGUGCUGGCUUUAGAAAAAGCAUCUUGCUUUACAAUAGAGCAAACCAGUUUGUUUCUGGAUGCCUUUAUAUGUUUUAUGAAAUCCAGUGUGGCAUACUAGAUUUUUAUACCCAUUAGGUGGUAUAAGCAUUUAUCUAUUUAUUUUUUUUUUUGUCAAAUACUGAUGUUUAUGUUAUUAGUCACCACUGUAUGUGGGAAAACUAACACUAUAAUCAGCCUUAAAAAAAAAAAAAGAAAAAGACAUUGCAUAACUUGUUGUGUAUGUAUAUGUAUUAAGAAUUAACCUUUUUAUAGUAUCGCAGUGUUUAAAAGGCUAGCUGGUAGUCGCCUUAGACUGUAAGUUUUUAAUGUAACUGAACAAUGGGAAAGCUGCUCAGAUAAGCCAGAAUUUUACUUUGGCUUUUAAGCUUUUUUUUAUUUUUUUUUGGCCGGUGAUCAUGUUUCACAAGGCGGGGAGGGGGAUGGUGGGACACACAGGGAGAGGUUAAGCUGGUGAAGUCACCCUGCGAAACCCACCGCUGAGCUGAUCUCAGAACUGGCAAACUCCUUAUCCCUGGUUUGUUGAUGUAAUGUAUAAAAUUGCUUUUUUGCUUUUAACUGCCUUUACUUUCUGAGCUAGGGGCUGUCUUCAUUAACAGCAAAAGUGUUACUUUGUUGUAGAUGACAGAUAAGCCUCAUCACGGGAGAGUUACCUAGUUCGUCUACAAGUUCAAAAUGUAGAGAAACCUCUCUACCGUGGGACCUUCCAUUGCUUUCAGUCCAUCAUAAAGCAAGAAUCUGCUUUUGGACUCUAUAAAGGUAUUGGGUCACCAAUGAUGGGACUGACCUUCAUUAACGCGCUCGUGUUCGGUGUGCAAGGAAACACACUUCGUGCUCUUGGAAAAGACACUCCUCUGAACCAGUUCCUUGCGGGGUCGGCAGCAGGGGCUAUCCAGUGCAUCAUCUGCUGCCCCAUGGAGCUGGCCAAGACAAGAAUGCAGCUCCAAGGAACAGGUGAAUACAAACUGAAAACGAAGAACUACAAAAACUCUCUGGAUUGUUUGAUCAAAAUCUACCGAAAGGAGGGGCUGAGGGGGAUCAACAGGGGCAUGGUCUCUACGUUCAUAAGAGAGACUCCGAGCUUCGGCUUUUACUUCCUGACCUAUGACUGCAUGACCAGGUAUUUGGGCUGCGAAGCUGAAGACAGUUACGUUAUUCCCAAACUGCUGUUUUCUGGGGGGAUGUCAGGAAUCGUGUCCUGGCUCUCCACCUAUCCCAUGGAUGUGAUCAAAUCCCGGCUUCAGGCCGAUGGAGUCGGAGGUGUCACGCAAUACAAGGGCAUUUUAGACUGCGUCAGAAAGAGUUACCAUGAAGAAGGCUGGAGGGUGUUCACAAGAGGUCUGACUUCCACGCUUCUCCGUGCUUUUCCUGUCAACGCAGCUACCUUUGCUACUGUCACUGUCUUCCUAAUGUACAUGAGGUCAGAAGACAACCUUCGGGAAUGUGAACCAGGUCCGGUAAUCCAGCAGCCUUCCAGUUUGUGAACCCGAGCUCUUGGUUCUCCUGAUGCAACGCCUGGCUGGUUGGGCUUUGUUUUAGACUAAACACUUGACCCACACAAGUGGUGUAAAUGUAUGCUCUCUGUACAAAGAAUUCCUGUGUGUCAGGUUAGGAUUUCAUCUCACUACUUGUAUAAACAGCAUAUUGCCUUUUAUUCAGGACUUCAUAUCUAGUAGUAUCCAAGUAAGACGGGGACCUGCCUUUAGAAAGUACUGUAGUUGCGGCUCCAGAAGAGGAUCUGGAGAAUGUCGUAGUACCAGAAAUCAGGUUUUCUUCCACUCAUGUUCUGAAUGACUGAGUUGAGUUGGAUGUGGAAAGGUUUUCAGAAAAGAAGUGCUUUUUUUUGCAUGUAAGAGGAGUAAGUCUAGUCCUCUGAAGGGAAGUAGGGGGAGGAAAGUGAAUGUUGGAGGCGUUUUGCAGGUAACCCUGAACUGUUUUAAGACACGCACUGGUGUUCAGCUAGCCAUGUCUCUUUGCUUUUCCUCUGCUUUUCUAUGUCAGUGGUUUUCGUAGCAACUUUGCUCAUACUGGUUUGCUAAACAAACAAAAAAAAUAAAUAUGAUUUGUUCCUAAGCUACUCCCUUACCUUUCAGCUUUGAAUAAAUGUCUUGAGCACAAAGUCAGCAUCUGCACUCAUAUGCACUUGUUCCUUUAAAUCUCAAGGCUUGUUUUUAGGGAAACUCAAAUUUAGGUAAGAUCGAUGUUAUUUGCCUUCACCUCUUGUUUCUCAUUUGGUGGGUGCACAGAUCGUAUUGACUAGGUUCAGCCCAAGUAGACUUUGUUCUCUGAAGUUAAUGCAAUUUUCCACCCACUUCUCCCAAUGUGUCCCAUAGCAGCCAGUGAUGUACAGAAGUCAAAGUCCUACCCUGUGGUAUUGCACAAUGUGUUCGUGGGUGCAAUGUCAGCUUAGCAGCUUCAAGUACUGUAGAAAUACCUACAUCUUUAGAACUGGAGGUUUCAUACCUUUCCAGAAAAUAGGGGUGUAAGUGUCUGAAAUGGUUGGUGUUUGAUACACUUGCAUUCUGAAUCUAAACAACACUGAUUUUAAUGUAUUCAGUUACAGUGCUAUUGAAAAAAAAAAAAGAAAGACUGAAAAGGGUUUUGGAGAAUUUUAUUUUCACCUCAAUCCGCUGUGAUUUUCUUUUAGCAGUCUGUUCAAGAGGGAUUGCAUUAGUCAAAGAGCUAUCAACAGUUAUUUAAGAUUUGGCAUAAGAACUACACAUAUUUGGCACAAAUAGCCAGGAAGAAGGAGUGCACGUGUGUGAGGAGUGUUUUAAAACGUAUCAAACUAGUUCAGUAAGUACAAACUGUUACACUUUUGGUUGGGACAAGUGCAAUAUGUGUUUAAUUUAUACGAAUUUUCUAAAGAAACCUUAUUUCAUAGCAUUUUGCACUGUAACACAAUAUGCUGGAGAAACCUGUAAAACUGGUAUGUCUUUUUAUACCUUGGAGGUAUGUUGGAUGUUUUCGUGCCUACUUGCACUGAGAUUCAAAUUGAAUGUUAAACCUGUCUACUAAGCUGCAUAUGCACAACUCACAGCAAAGACCAUUUACACCUUUGUACAGUAGUCUGUAAUUAUUGUAAAUAAAAUCGAGGGAAUAAAUUUUUUAAAAAUUUUCA